AUUGUGCAUGAUGAGAUUUAUAAAUUGAUGCUGAUGAGAGGAAGAUUUGAAGUUGGUUAGUAUUGGGAGACAGUCAAAUAGGACAUUUUGUAAAUAUUUGGAGGGACAUUAUGUUUAAAACAAGAGGGAUUUAAAAAGAUCAGAGCUAUAAGAAUUUCAAAAAAAACACAAUGGUAGACAUCUUACAAUUAUAUUUAUACUGGGCAAAUUGACUCUUGAUUCAUGUAUGCCAAAUUGAACAAAUGUCUAUGCAAGUUAAAUUCCAUGUGAUAAAAAAGGAAUUGAAUAGUUUCGCAUCAGUUGCAAGCCUAACAAAUACUAAUGGAGGCGAUUUGCAAGAUGAGCGGAAAGAGCGGAGGGGUGAGCGGGAGGAGCGGAGCGGUGAGGAUUUCAAAUGAAGAGGCCUCUGAAGAUGGCGAAGAUGUUGCUGAUGAGGUCAUUGUUGCGUAUCCUGGCUCUCGGCAUUCAGUCAAUUCGUUGCCUUGGGGUUCGGUUCGGAUUUCUACUGAUGUUUCUGAGAGUUACUUUGGCUUCAGUGCGAAUUGGUUGCCUAAUGCCUAUGGUGGUGCUUUUUACUCUGCAUGGAGUCUUCUUGCCAUGGUCUUCCUUGACUUCACUACGAUGGUGAUUAUGGAGAUGGCCCUAUCUUCUAUUGAGUUGGAGAUAGUGUGUGCUGGAGAUGACCCUUCUUCUAUAGAGGUGGAGUUGGAUGUUGCGGGUGUUAUUGAGAGGUGUUGGUUGGGGGUUGAUGGUAACUUGUCUCUUGGCUGUAAGGAUAAUGAGGCUGGGUUGUAUGUUGACUUUUCUCCUUCUUCUUCUAUUGAGGUGGAGUUCUUGAAGGGUUUGGUGAAUUCAAUGUUGCUCAUUCUCAAGGUUAAGGUUAUGAGAGCCUUGCUAAAACCCAUGGUUAUAGUUGAGGGAUCCUGGAAAAACCUUAUGUUCAUGCUUAUUUAAGUUUUCUAGUGAAUGAGUUUGGCGUUCUUUUUCAGGUAGGUAUUCAAUGUUUAAUCUUUGAGGAUAGGCUGAGGAUGGGCUGCUGAUUAUCUAUGAUGUAUAUUUUGGCAACGUUUUGUUUUGGGUUUCAGACCUGUGUAAAAUCCGAGGGUUUCAGGUCCCUUCAAAACUUGUUGUAAGAGGUUUCGGGUCCCCUCAAAACCUAUUUGAUCUUUAUAAAAAAAUAAAUACUAA